GAAGAUAUUUGGGGGUUGACUUGAGGCUGGGCAAGCUGGGCAUUGCCUUCAGCUAAUGGGGUGGGCUCCUGAGAAAGGGUAUUGCAAAGAGCUGGAUGACAUUCUUUUGACAAAACUUUAUUUUUCAACAAUAUUUUUUUUUUUUUGGUCAAGGUUUCAAAAUUUGAAAUGCUUUGACCAGCUCAGUUUCUGGUGGGAGUGUUCCAUCUCCAUCCCCUUCCAAGGUUAUGGGAAAGUUUCCAGUGAGUUGCAGGGCUUAGCACUGUGGACAACCUAAGGCCCAGGAUUUGGCCUAGUAUUGUUUUUAGGGAUGUUCCUUUUUUUACCCGUGUUUUUCCGUAUGUUGUCUCUGUCCCUUUGCUACUGUUUGUAAAUAAAGCUGUCUUAUGUUUUAAUGCUAUCCUGUGAUGGGGGAGGGGGGAGGAGGAUGGUCGUCUAGGAACAUAAAAAAGCAAAGGGAACACAUUGUACUUGAUUCACCCUGCAGGCACAGAGGGGCAUAAUUUGCAUUUCCGUGUGCCCAAGAGGAAAGCAAUGGUGGGAUUCACCUGUAGCAGAGAGCAUGCGGCAGUACAACCCAGCGGAACUGUGGCAGCAGAAGUCAGGAAGCAGAUCUCGGGGCAGUAUGGCGGGUCUCCUCAACUUCUCAAAAACCUUAGUAUUGGAGGCAGUGUCUCCCAUCAUACAACUGUUCCACUUACGGAAGCUGUGGAUCCAGUGGAUUUGGAAGAUUACCUUAUUACACAUCCGCUUGCAAUGGAUUCCGGGCCUUUGAGGGACUUGCUUGAAUUUCCUCCAGAUGAUAUUGAAGUUGUGUACAGUCCUCGAGAAUGUAGGACUCUUGUGUCAGCUGUACCUGAAGAGAGUGAAAUGGACCCUCAUGUGAGGGAUUGUGUAAGAAGUUACACAGAAGAUUGGGCAAUUGUGAACAGAAAAUAUCACAAACUGGGAACCGGAUUUAAUCCCAACACAUUAGACAAACAGAAAGAGAGGCAAAAAGGGCUCCCCAAACAGAUCUUUGAGUCGGAUGAGGCUCCAGAUGGCAACAGUUACCAAGAUGAACAAGAUGACCUUAAAAGACGUUCAAUGUCAAUAGAUGAUACUCCCCGGGGCAGCUGGGCAUGCAGUAUUUUUGAUCUGAAGAACUCCCUUCCUGAUGCUCUCCUUCCAAACCUACUUGACCGAACCCCAAAUGAGGAAAUCGACCAUCAAAAUGAUGAUCAGAGGAAGUCAAACAGACACAAGGAGCUUUUUGCAUUGCAUCCAGCACCAGAUGAGGAGGAGCCUAUUGAACGGCUUUGUGUCCCAGAAGUACCCAAAGAACAUUUUGGUCAGAGACUUCUUGUGAAGUGUUUGUCUCUUAAAUUUGAAAUUGAAAUUGAACCCAUUUUUGCAAGUUUGGCUUUGUAUGAUGUUAAAGAAAAGAAAAAGAUUUCAGAGAACUUCUACUUUGAUUUAAAUUCUGAACAAAUGAAAGGAAUGCUGCGUCCUCAUGUCCCACCUGCUGCUAUUACCACUCUGGCCAGAUCUGCAAUCUUUUCUAUUACUUAUCCCUCUCAGGAUGUUUUUCUGGUAAUAAAGCUAGAAAAAGUAUUACAGCAGGGGGAUAUUGGUGAAUGCGCAGAACCCUAUAUGAUUUUUAAAGAAGCUGAUGCGGCAAAGAAUAAGGAGAAACUGGAAAAGUUGAAAAGCCAAGCAGAGCAGUUUUGCCAAAGACUAGGCAAAUAUCGAAUGCCUUUUGCCUGGACAGCCAUUCAUUUAAUGAACAUAGUCAGCAGUGCUGGAAGUUUGGAGAGAGAUUCCACAGAAGUUGAAAUUGGCACAGGAGAACGCAAAGGAUCUUGGUCAGAGAGACGGAAUUCCAGUAUUGUUGGAAGGCGUUCAUUAGAAAGGACAACCAGUGGAGAUGAAACUUGCAACCUUACUAGCUUUAGACCAGCAACUCUUACGGUGACAAACUUCUUUAAACAGGAAGGGGAUCGCUUGAGUGAUGAAGAUUUGUACAAGUUCCUUGCAGAUAUGAGAAGACCAUCUUCCGUUUUACGGAGAUUGAGACCCAUUACAGCUCAGCUGAAGAUAGACAUAUCUCCAGCCCCAGAGAAUCCUCAUUACUGUCUAACUCCAGAAUUGCUGCAAGUCAAACUUUACCCAGAUAGCAGAGUUAGACCUACAAGAGAGAUACUGGAGUUUCCUGCUAGGGAUGUGUAUAUUCCAAAUACUACUUACAGAAAUCUUCUGUACGUCUACCCUCAGAGCCUUAACUUUGCCAAUCGUCAGGGCUCCGCCAGGAAUAUCACUGUGAAAGUCCAGUUUAUGUAUGGAGAGGAUCCAAGCAAUGCCAUGCCAGUUAUCUUUGGUAAAUCUAGCUGUCCUGAAUUUUCAAAAGAAGCAUAUACAGCUGUAGUAUAUCAUAACAGAUCUCCUGAUUUUCAUGAGGAAAUCAAAAUUAAACUCCCUGCCACUUUAACUGAUCAUCACCACCUACUUUUUACUUUCUAUCAUGUCAGUUGCCAACAAAAACAAAACACUCCUCUUGAGACGCCAGUUGGAUACACUUGGAUACCAAUGCUUCAAAAUGGACGUUUGAAGACUGGUCAGUUCUGCCUACCUGUUUCAUUGGAAAAACCACCACAGGCUUAUUCUGUGCUUUCUCCAGAGGUGCCCCUUCCUGGAAUGAAGUGGGUAGAUAAUCACAAAGGAGUUUUCAAUGUAGAAGUUGUUGCCAUAUCAUCCAUCCACACACAGGACCCUUACCUUGACAAAUUUUUUGCACUUGUUCAUGCUCUGGACGAGCACAUGUUCCCUGUGCGAAUAGGAGACAUGAGAAUUAUGGAGAACAAUUUGGAAAAUGAAUUGAAGAGCAGCAUUUCAGCUUUAAAUUCAUCUCAGCUGGAGCCGGUAGUGCGAUUUCUUCAUCUCCUGCUUGACAAGCUGAUUCUUCUGGUAGUGAGACCUCCUGUCAUUGCAGGCCAAAUAGUUAACCUGGGUCAAGCGUCUUUUGAAGCGAUGGCGUCAAUCAUAAACAGACUCCACAAAAACUUAGAAGGAAACCAGGACCAGCAUGGCAGAAACAACCUUCUCACUUCCUAUAUUUAUUAUGUUUUUCGUCUACCAAAUACCUAUCCCAAUUCACCUUCACCAGGUCCCGGUGGUUUGGGGGGAUCCGUGCAUUAUGCUACUAUGGCUCGAUCAGCUGUCCGACCAGCAAGCCUUAACUUGAAUCGCUCAAGGAGUCUUAGUAACAGCAAUCCGGAUAUAUCUGGGACUCCAACCUCACCAGAUGAUGAAGUACGGUCAAUCAUUGGAAGUAAGGCUACAGAUCGAAGUUGUAAUCGUAUGUCUUCGCACACAGAGACGUCAAGUUUCUUACAAACAUUAACAGGACGGUUACCAACUAAAAAGCUUUUUCAUGAAGAACUGGCCUUACAGUGGGUUGUCUGCAGUGGAAGCAUUCGGGAGGCAGCUUUACAGCAGGCGUGGUUCUUCUUUGAGCUUAUGGUGAAGAGUAUGGUGCAUCAUUUGUAUUUUGCUGACAAACUGGACGCUCCAAGGAAGAAUCGUUUUCCAGAACGUUUCAUGGAUGACAUAGCUGCUCUGGUCAGCACAAUUGCCAAUGAUAUAGUCUCUCGGUUUCAGAAGGAUACUGAAAUGAUUGAAAGGCUCAACACCAGUCUUGCAUUUUUCCUCAAUGAUUUGCUGUCUAUCAUGGACAGAGGGUUUGUCUUUAGCCUUAUUAAGGCCUGCUACAAACAGGUGUCUUCAAAGCUUUAUUCCUUACCAAAUCCGAGUAUCCUUGUGUCCUUGAGGCUGGACUUCCUCCGCAUUAUCUGCAGCCAUGAGCACUAUGUCACCCUGAAUUUACCCUGUAGCCUACUCACGCCACCUGCAUCUCCCUCACCGUCUGUGUCUUCAGCAACUUCUCAGAGUUCUGGAUUCUCUACAAAUGUCCAAGACCAGAAGAUUGCAAAUAUGUUUGAAUUGUCUGUGCCUUUCCGCCAGCAGCAUUACUUGGCAGGGCUUGUGUUAACAGAGCUGGCUGUCAUUUUAGAUCCUGAUGCUGAAGGUUUGUUUGGAUUGCAUAAGAAGGUCAUCAAUAUGGUACACAAUUUACUGUCCAGUCACGACUCCGAUCCACGGUACUCUGACCCACAGGUAAAGGCCCGGGUGGCUAUGCUGUAUCUACCUCUGAUUGGCGUGAUCAUGGAAACCGUGCCUCAGCUAUAUGAUUUUACAGAGACUCACAAUCAGCGAGGAAGGCCAAGCUGCAUCGCCAUCGACGAUUAUGAAAGUGAAGGUGGAAGCAUGAUAAGUCAGACAGUUGCCAUGGCCAUUGCGGGAACGUCUGUCCCCCAGCUCACCCGGCCCAGCAGUUUUCUGCUCACAUCAACGACUGGUCGGCAGCACUCGACCUUCUCAGCAGAAUCAAGCCGGAGCCUCUUGAUCUGCCUCUUGUGGGUCCUCAGGAAUGCCGAUGAAAGCGUCCUGCAGAAAUGGUUCACAGACCUCUCCGUACUGCAGCUCAAUCGCUUGCUGGAUUUGCUGUAUCUCUGCGUCUCCUGUUUUGAGUACAAGGGCAAGAAAGUGUUUGAAAGAAUGAACAGUCUGACAUUUAAAAAGUCGAAGGACAUGAGAGCAAAACUUGAAGAAGCUAUUUUGGGAAGCAUAGGGGCGAGGCAAGAAAUGGUGCGAAGAAGCAGAGGGCAGCUAGAAAGAAGUCCAUCUGGGAGUGCAUUUGGAAGUCAAGAGAAUCUAAGAUGGAGAAAGGAUAUGACUCACUGGCGUCAAAACACGGAAAAGCUUGACAAAUCAAGGGCAGAGAUAGAACAUGAAGCGCUUAUUGAUGGAAAUCUUGCAACUGAAGCAAAUCUGAUUAUUUUGGAUACAUUAGAAAUAGUUGUCCAGACUGUGUCUGUGACGGAAUCCAAAGAGAGCAUUCUCGGUGGGGUGCUGAAAGUUCUUCUCCACAGCAUGGCUUGUAAUCAAAGUGCACUUUAUCUGCAACACUGCUUCGCCACGCAGAGAGCUUUGGUUUCAAAGUUCCCUGAGCUGCUGUUCGAAGAGGAGACCGAGCAGUGUGCUGAUCUCUGCCUGAGGCUUCUGCGACACUGCAGCAGCAGCAUUAGUACCAUACGGUCCCAUGCGAGUGCCUCUCUUUACCUCCUUAUGAGGCAGAACUUUGAGAUUGGAAAUAACUUUGCCAGAGUGAAAAUGCAGGUAACCAUGUCCCUCUCGUCCCUGGUGGGAACGUCCCAGAAUUUCAAUGAGGAAUUUUUGAGACGUUCUCUAAAGACUAUUUUGACCUACGCUGAAGAAGAUCUGGAACUCCGGGAGACAACAUUCCCCGAUCAGGUCCAGGAUCUUGUGUUCAAUCUCCAUAUGAUCCUCUCUGAUACAGUUAAAAUGAAGGAACACCAGGAAGAUCCAGAAAUGCUAAUAGACUUGAUGUACAGAAUUGCGAAGGGCUAUCAGACUUCCCCAGAUCUGCGACUGACCUGGUUACAGAAUAUGGCUGGAAAGCAUUCUGAAAGGAGCAAUCAUGCCGAAUCUGCCCAGUGUUUGGUCCACUCGGCAGCCCUUGUGGCUGAAUAUUUAAGCAUGCUUGAGGAUCGAAAAUACCUUCCCGUAGGGUGUGUAACGUUUCAGAACAUAUCUUCUAAUGUUUUGGAAGAAUCCGCAGUUUCUGAUGAUGUUGUCUCACCAGAUGAAGAAGGUAUCUGUUCUGGGAAGUAUUUUACAGAAGCAGGUCUGGUGGGAUUGCUGGAACAGGCUGCAGCAUCUUUCUCUAUGGCUGGCAUGUAUGAAGCGGUUAACGAGGUUUACAAAGUCCUUAUUCCUAUUCACGAAGCUAACAGAGAUGCCAAGAAACUGUCCACAAUUCAUGGUAAACUCCAAGAAGCAUUCAGCAAAAUUGUUCAUCAGGAUGGAAAGCGGAUGUUUGGUACAUACUUCCGGGUUGGUUUUUAUGGGACUAAAUUUGGAGACUUGGAUGAACAAGAAUUUGUGUACAAGGAGCCUGCGAUAACAAAGCUAGCUGAAAUUUCUCAUAGACUAGAGGGAUUUUAUGGCGAGCGAUUUGGUGAAGAUGUGGUUGAAGUGAUUAAGGACUCUAACCCUGUAGACAAAUGCAAACUAGAUCCUAACAAGGCCUACAUUCAAAUAACCUACGUGGAGCCUUACUUUGACACAUACGAGAUGAAGGACAGGAUAACCUAUUUUGACAAAAACUACAACCUGCGGCGUUUCAUGUACUGCACGCCCUUCACCCUGGACGGACGUGCUCACGGGGAGCUGCAUGAACAGUUCAAGCGGAAGACAAUCUUGACAACUUCCCAUGCUUUCCCUUAUAUUAAAACUAGAAUAAAUGUCAGUCACAAAGAAGAGAUAAUUUUGACACCCAUCGAAGUUGCCAUAGAGGACAUGCAGAAAAAAACACAGGAAUUAGCUUUUGCAACUCAUCAAGAUCCAGCAGACCCAAAGAUGCUCCAGAUGGUGCUGCAAGGUUCAGUAGGUACAACGGUAAAUCAGGGACCAUUAGAAGUUGCACAGGUUUUCUUGUCUGAAAUACCCAAUGAUCCAAAGCUCUUUAGACACCAUAACAAACUACGGCUCUGUUUCAAAGACUUCACAAAAAGGUGUGAAGAUGCGUUGCGCAAAAACAAAAGCCUGAUAGGUCCAGACCAAAAGGAAUAUCAGCGGGAGCUUGAAAGGAACUAUCAUCGGCUCAAGGAAGCGCUCCAGCCCUUGAUAAAUAGAAAGAUCCCGCAGUUAUACAAGGCAGUUUUGCCUGUCGCUUGCCACAGAGACUCCUUCAGCAGAAUGAGCCUUCGCAAAAUGGACAUCUAAACAAGUUUU